AUGCAUCCGGUGCAGCCGCACAUCGACGAGCUGCGGCGGCGAUUUAGCAGCGUGAAGGUCCUCCACCAAACCGCCUCGGAAAUGUUUUUGCGGGUGGAGCACGCCCUCCCCGAGCUCGGCUGCACCGCGGUGCUCUGCGUGGCGCUAGACUCCGCGUUUCCCCGCAAGCCCCCGAUCGUGACGUACUUUGACGGCCGCACGCUACCCAUAUCUCCCACCGACGGCUCCACCGAAGACGCGUGGGACCCGGCGUCGUCGCGGUUGGCCGACGCCGUUGCGAACGCCUUCGCCAACUUGGCACUCCUGUGGGGGAGCGUGGUGCCACCGUCGCCGGAGUCGCUGGCCGCCCAGCUGAGCUCGCUCUCCGACUCCAUGCUGCUGGACAUCGUGUCGAAUCCGAACUGCCUCGAGUCCUACGCCUAUCAACUGCCGUUUUUCAAGGCCAUCCGCGACGCCAGUGGCCAAACGCUAGAUGAAAUUGAGCGAGUAGCAAACGAAAACUUGAAGCUGCAGCCGGUGCUGGAUCAGCUGCGGGCCGAAGUGGAGGGGCUGCAGCUGUCUCUCGAGCAAAGCGUGCAGUCCGUGCAGAAGGUGCCGCAAUUGGUGCCGCUUUUGAAUUCCAUCAGCUCCCAAGAGAAUCUAGCGAAAGCGCUUGCGACCGAUGUGAAGGCGCUUGACGCCCAGCGUGAGGAGAUUGCCAGGCGAUUGCUGCAGGUGGAUUAUGCCACAGACCGCCGCCGCUUCGACGCUCUUCUUGAGGAGUACCGAGGAAAAGCAAAGGAGCGCCACGUCAUGGAUCUCAAGCGGCGGGCCUAUUGUGCCUCACUGAAGUGA